AUCAGUUCUUGUAGAGGUCCUGACUCCAGAGAUACAGGAUUCGGAGCGCAGGAACGCUCCUCGCACUACGGCCACCAACCCACUAGCCUAGUUGCGAAUCUGUGGGCAAACCAAUUGCGAACAACCCAGAUAUAUCCUGGCAACAAGCUUCACAAGCGACUGGCAAGCUCGAAAGUAGCUUACCAACCAUGCUUGCAGCAAGGCGCUGUUAGUUAUUUAAAAACUGCCAUUAGCGUUGUUGCAUGUAAUGUGAUAGGUACAAGGAAAUGGUACAGUUAUAGGCGGAUGACUAUGUUCAAGAAGUAGGUUUUAAGCAAGGGUCUCAGAAGCGAAUGGUAUACCAACUGAAUCCAGCAAGCGUAGUACAUGGUCAGCGGUAUAGCUGUGGAUCCCUAUGGCGACACCGUUCGUUAAUUAGGCCCUCGCCGCGCCCGAGUCGACACAUCGCGAACAGCGUAGCUCCGCAAGCAGCGCUGCCACUGGUGCGCAGCCUACCUCUCGUCAUAGGAUGGACUCACACGGUUGCAACAGGCUCCUACCACGGCGCCGGCCUGUGGUUCACCACGCUGUGCGCCCUGUCGGUGGCGCUGGGGGCCCUGUCGUACAACCUGAUGGCUGUACUUGAGGAGUACUUUGACCGGUUUGACCGCCGCAAAACGCAGGCGGUGCAGCCCCGCACCUACCUGCAUGGUGUUGACGUGACCGGCAGUCGCUUCCUGCGCCUGCCCCGAGUGGUGGCGGCGGUGGAGUUCGCGGCUGCAGCACACGCCAGCCAGCGCCGCAAGACGGGGGAGCCGUACGUACGGCACUGCAUUGAGACGGCUCUCAUUGUGGAGGCGUGCCUGCCGCAACACCACAGCGAGGAGGAGCAGGAGCGCCACGUGACGUGUAUCAUGGCCGCCGUACUUCACGACGUGUUGGACGACACGCCCACCGACCCCGCCUCGCUGCACGCCUCGUUCGGCCCCCGCGUGGCGGCGCUGGUGGGGCGCGUGUCGCAGCUGAGCCAGAUGAACCAGCUGCUGAGGAGGGGCAAGCGGCAGGGCUGGUCCCAGACCUCCCCCGACCACCAGCGCCGGCUGCGGCGCCUCAUCGUGGACCUGGCCUUCGAGGAGCCGCUGGUGGUGCUGGUCAAGCUGGCGGACCGCCUGCACAACAUGCGCACCGUGUGGGUGCUGCCGCGCGACAAGCAGCGCGCGGUGGCGGAGGAGAGCGCGGAGGUGUGGUGCAGCCUGGCGGAGUCGCUGGGCUGGGACGGAAUCAAGUCCGAGAUGGAGGACCUGUGUUUCGCGGUGCUGCAGCCCGCCACCUACUGCACCCUGCGGGCGGAGCUGGACCGCCUGUGGUGCUUGCCCACACUGGCAGUGGUGGAGGAGGCGGAGGGGCAGCAGGGGCAGGGGCAGGGGGGAGGUGCGGCGGCAGGAGGAGCAGGGGAGGGGACAGGUGCAGCAGCAGCAGCAGGGGAUGGUCUGGGGUUGCGAAUCGUGCAGCUGCCGCCGGGUUCAGCUGCCGCCGCUGCUGCUGCUGGUGGUGGUGCAAGCAGGUUGCAUUACACGCGGGCGGCGGGGGUGAGGGCGGCAUCGAGGAGGGCGGCGGCGGAGCGGCAGGAGCAGCUGCAGCUGCUGGAGUUGCAGGUGGAAGAGGAGGGGCAGCAGCAGCUGCUGCUGGUGAGGCAGCCGGGAGCGUGUGCGAGUGGGGAGGUUGGCGGCGGUGGUAGUAGCGGGCAAUCAGCGGCGGAGGUGGAGGCGGCGAUUGCGGCGGUGGCGGUGCCGCUGCCGCCUAGUGGAUCCGGCUCCAGGGCGCAUAUGACGCCUGCCGUGCCGCUGGCUUCAGCUGACCGUGACAUUGCUUCGGCGGUUGGCUUGGGCUGUGGCGGUGGUGCCCAUCACGAGGGCGGCACCGGUAGCAGCCCUAGCAGCUGCAGUAGCAGCAGCGGGAGCAGCAACAGCAGCGGCAGCGCCCGUAGCAGUACCUGCGUUGCAGAGGCCGGCAGAGGCAAUAUAAGCAGUGUAAGCAGUAGCAGCAGUAGCAGUAGCAGUAGCAAUAGCAUUGGCGGUGUUAACUGUAAGAGUAGUAGCAGCGGUAAGAGCAGUUGCGGCGUCUUCUCUCUGAACAGCAUUGGCACAGUCAGCAGCGACAACAGCAGCGAUGGCAGCAGUUAUCAUGCUUGCAUCUCUUCGUUGGCAGUUGAAUCAUCGCCCACUUGUACGACAAUGGAGUCCAUUGACGGGCCGGUGGUGCUGUUGGAUGACCAGGUCCUGCCGUACAAUGCGACGCAGUUUGCAACCAGCAGCAGUAGCAGAUCUGAUAUGAACAGCUAUGGCAGCAAUAGCAGCAGCGAUUGUAUCAGUAGCGACGGCGCUAGCAGCAGCAGCGGUGGCAGCGGCAGCAGCUCCUCUCUCCAGCUGCCGCUACCUCCUACGCCCUCCCAUGCUCCAGACCCCACCUCCUCAUUUUCUCCCCCAAGUUCCCCCAGCCC